GGGAAGGGGAGAGGCAGCGCCUGACGUCCAGUCACAUGCUUGCUUGAUGCUACCAGUCCCCUCCUCUCCUCCUCCUCCUCCUCCCCGUCCUGCUGUUGGUGGUGGUGGUGGUGGUGCUGCCCGCGUAACUCGGGGCGCGUGGGGGUCUCGACUCAGUUUGCGUGUGGCAGUGAUCAGUUGCACAGCUUCUCCCUCGCUCCUCUCCCUCGCUACCCUCCCGCGUCCACGCACUCGCGGUUCGCCUCCGUAGAGUGGUCUGAGGAGCCGCCGAUUACUGCCGUGUGUUACGUCCCACGCCUUGCAAUUUCCAUUGUUUUAAUCUUGCGUGUUGCGGGAGCACCUGUUGCUUUACUACUGCUUCACUUCCUUCAUUUUAUGUGUAAGUGCAAGUUUAGUAAGUUGAGUCAGUCAGUCUUUCCCGCGGAGGAAGCUGGUGGUGGUGGUGGAGGUGGUAGUACAAGUGCAACAGGUGGUUCACUUCCACGCGAUUCAUGUGGAGAGGCGAGAGACAAAGAGGGUAAAGGGGAGAGGCUUCGUGCCGCGGAUGAUCUCGUGUUUAUGUAACUAAGGACGGUAAUUGCUGAGUGCCGGACUGGCAGCUAUAGCACCUUGUCGGUGUUGUGCCGCUAAGCGGGAGUGUUAAUGAGCGUUGUCAAGGCGGCACAAGGAAUGCUUUGAUAAGGCUCGCGCCGAGCCUUGUUACGGGCAGCGGCAGUGGCACCAGCGGUGCGGGACAAGGCUGAGACGUUCACAACACACUACUGUUACUGUACUCCCUCCUAGGAACAGGAAACCGCACGGCGCUCACUGCUGAUAAAGAACAGGGUUGUGGCGCUGCCUUCAUGUAGAAACGCUUAGAGCGACAAACAGGGAAAGAGUAGGGAAAUUUAGACUUAGUCACCGAGUAAUAACUAUUAGGUGAGAGAUGCAGUCUAUGAACAAGUUAGGAUAAAAAUCGAGAAUAGACGAAACGAAAGGAAGAGUUCCAGCUGGCGCAGACGAGGAGGAAGCGAAGCAGCAUCUGUUUCUUGCUUUGUUGCCUCCGUGUUUCGUGUGUGAUGCCACGAUGCUUGUGGUAAGAAGCCCAGCGUGUGGGCGUGCAGGAUGGCGUCUCGCGAAUGUAAGCACAGGGCCGCGCCUCUAGCACGAGGAGCCGCCGGGGAAGGACGGGAGGGAGCGCUCAUGAUCCCUUGCUCGGCCUUGACCCCGUCCAGAGGUGACACUCGCUCUUGCCAGCAGCAGCAGCAGCAGCAGCAGCAACAGCAGCAGCAGCAGCAGCAGUUGGAGGACCACUGACGCCCGUCAGCCUCCUGCAGCGCGGCGGCGUCCCAAGAAGCAGCCACAAUUAUCCCGUUCAGGAUCUUCGUGUCCAAGCUGCUCCUCUCCUGCCUGGGGGCCGAGGAGAUGGAGGGAGGCGCGGGCAAGGUCUCGACGAGUUAUCGCCACCUCAAGGGCGAAUGGGAUGCGGGAGCAGACCUGGACACGGAGGCUGGCAGGUCUGCCGAGCCCAGCAGAAACCUGGCGCUGGAGGCCAAGGGAGCCGAGACGCAGCGGAGGUCCAGCGCCGAGUGGGGCAAGGAGCGGCACUCGCCUGGGGAACAAGAGAAGCGAAAGUCUCCAUCAGACCCGCGCAGGCCCAUCAAGCUGAAGAUGAUUCCCCGCAACGUGACUGUGGGGCGCGGCGCCAGCCUGCCCAUGGGCGGACCCAUGACUGCCGCCCGCUCCCCCUCCGUGCCUUGUGCCCCCUUGCCAGCCUGCACCCGCGCCACCCAUACCGCCGUCGUUCACUCCUCGGGUGGCCACACACUACUCCGUGGCACGACCGCUUUCCAGCAGGCGCCCACGUCCUUUGCCUCCGUGGCGCUGCGGUAUGGGCGGCGAUGCAGCUCCCCACAGACGCCUCAGUUGACCGGAUGUGCCCCGUGCACGGCGGCGCCCCGCUCUGCCCAGACCUCCCCGUCGGGUCCAAGGUCCCCGCGGCUCACCUCCAGCAGCAGUGACCCCUGGAGUGCGCUUAUCAGCAAGAACAUGCGCACCCAGAGUAUCGGGGCCGCUGUGCCGCCCGGGGAGAUGGACUGGCUGCCUGCGCCGUCACCUUGCUCCAGGAAGAGCUCCUGGUCCUCGGUGUCCACGGACAACGACUCCGCUCCUUGCUGGUUCGACGACCCACACUCGCGUCACGGAAGAAGGUAAGUGUCACGACCUCCCAUUGAACGAGUUGAAUUCCCACGCUUACUCCUGCAUACCUGGACGCGCUGAGGUGAGUGUCAAGGCGCAGGUGUGUGUUUUCGUAAGUGUGGAAAUUAUAUUCAUGUUUUUUUUAUGACCCAGCUUUAAACAUUGACAGAGGAUUGGAGUCAUUACUGUGUGUGUGUGUGUGUGUGUGUGUGUGUGUGUGUGUGUGUGUGUUUGUAGGUAGGGAUGACCUCAGGUGUUUUGGCCACUGAAAGAUCGAAAACAGCUGUAAAGUGUGAGCAGCUGUGUUCUGUGUAGGCUUAAUUAUUUAUAUAUUCUUCGUUUAUUUAGUUUUUUUUCUUAAUAUCAAGUUGAAAUGUGUUGGGAAUGUACACACACACACACACACACAC